AUGGACCGUGACCCUGAUGACCAGCAAUUGCGCUCCCUUAGACUGUCGAGAGUUCUGAGGGAUAUAGGCGUGACCAGACAGAUGGUGGUCCGGAGGAGGGAGACAUUCCUGAUGACGGAGAAGAUGGAUAAUGUAGUCAAUACUAUAAGAUAUAAUAGACGUUAUAACAUUUUUGUCGUCGGCAGCCAAUCGGAAGGGACAACAACCCUCGACAUGAAUUCAGAUUUAGAUGUACUUAACUGUGACAAUGAUUUCACUGUGAUAACGGACUGGGCAGAUUGGGAACCAGGGAAAAUAUGUCUUCUGGUGAUAAAGAACGACGAUUCUCCUCCCCAGCAUUGCAGUCUGCAGAUACUGAGUUGUGACUGUCCACUGCCUGAAACAAUGGACAUGGUGCCAGCAGAAUGGGAUGUGGAGGAGGGCAAGGACGGCAGGGUGCUACUGACAAACACUUGGAUGGAUGGUGUAAUGAAACAGGAAUGUGGUCGGUUAUUCAGGAAAAAAGGGCCAUCAAGAAGUGCUGACAACGAUGUAGAUUCCGUUACCGCCUUUAGCUACAGUGGACCAAUGCCAGAAUGCAAUUUCCUAUUCACAAGACCAAAGCCUGGUCACUGGCCCAGACCUGAAAUACUCGCGAAGGCACGUUUGUGUGAAAUAUUCCUCGUCCCACAGGGACACGCUGAGAGUGAUCAGUCAAAACUGGAAUGGAGAUUUUCUACGCUAUUGAUUGAAAGGCUAAUCAUGUUUGAUCUAAACAUUUUGAAAAUACAGGUUUAUACAUUUCUUAAAAUCUUACGCAAGACUUUCUUCAAACCGUUAGUUGGUGAUAGACUUAGCACGUUUCAUUUCAAAACAGCUCUAUUGUUCACCCUAGAGACAUAUCCACCAGAGAUCUGGCAGGAAAGGAACCUGCUGCAGUGUGUUAUAUAUUGCCUGAAAACUCUUCAACGUUGGUUCAAACUUCGGUACUGUCCACAUUACACGAUUUCGGGAGUGGACCUGUUUGUGGGAAAACUUAGAAAGUGGGAGUUUCCACUGCUGUCAACAGUUCUGUCAGACAUGAUAGACAACAUCAUGGACUACGUCUCCCAGAUAGAAAUGGACCAGAUUGGGGUGAGGAUCGGCGACGGACACGUGGCAGUUAAAACAAGAUACCAAAACACGAUAGCUACUGCAUGGAAUUGUUUUAAUCAUAGUUUGUUCGCUAUAGCAAACAUAAGUUGGACUACUGUGACGGAAAAUGACACUGUCUUUGAAAUCCUGGACAUGAUCACGAGAGUACGGGAGAUGGUAGCAAAAAGUGACAUAAGGGCCGAAUUAAUACACGCGAUGAAGUUUAUGUAUCAAAUGCUAGCCUCUAUCUCAGCUUCUACGCGCUUACGCUUAAACGAGCCCAUAUCGCUAGACACAUAUAGUCUGUAUGAGGCCUCCCUGGACUCAGACCUCACCUCUAGCAGACUGAAGUUUGCGUCCAUGUUGUACUGUAGCGGUCAGUAUGAGAGAGCGGAACUGAUGCUGGCACAAACCGAGAGUCUGCUGCAUGCCGAUGUAUGGCAGUGGUGUCCAUGUGCGGAAAGGACACGACAGGAACCCACUGAAAGGUUUAAAGAUACUAUAUUUAAAUUAAAUGCGAUUGAGGUGAUCAAAUCACAUGUUGCAUUCAGUGUUGUUUUCAAUUCGUUAGAGAUAUGCUGUAUGCCAGCAUUUCUAGUGUAUGAAUUGUAUAGAACAAUUGGCCCAAAAGAUGUUCAACACAGACACCCCUUGACUGGCAGAUGGAUGGACUUGGUCAUCAUCGACCCUAUUGUCUUCCUGUACUAUCUGCAGUACCUCACUUACAGACAGCUUGGAGAACACGAAAGAAAACUGAAAGCAUUAAACAAAUUAUACAACUAUGUUUGCUUUGAAAGUGAAUGCCGUGGUCAUAUAGAGACAGCGCUGCAUGUACUCGGCCACUGCUAUGAACUGGAAAACCGACAUGUUGUGGCAUGGGCAUGCUACAUAAAAUCCCUCGAGCUCUUCCCUAACAACAACGCAGCUAGAUGGCACAUUACGAGACUCCUUCAGCAGGCAUGA